AGUACUUGGGUGCAAGGCUACUUAUUGAAUUCGUAACCCGCGCGCGCUACAAUUCACCUCGAGGCGAUAUUCCGCAUCGCUAUCGAUUUUCCAAAUCAAUCCAGUCUCAUAUCGUCUCAUCCUCGUUACCAAGAUGGCGGGGCCACAGAAUAACCUGGACAGCGUCAGGACCGUUCAGUCUCAGCAAAACGGAAAUAUGGUCUCGAACAGCGUAUUGCCAAAGACUUCAUCAUCAAAGUUCAAGCCAGCUUUGGGCAUUUCUUACUCUGCCUCAAAUCCCACCGCUCGCCAAACGUCAGGCUCAGGUCCUUCACUUCCAUCAUUCGCAACACCAAAUUUUGGAAGGAAGACGAUGAACACUCGUCCGACCCCAGCUUCUCCCCCUCCUCGCCGUGAUGCAAUCGAUUUGUCUCGUGAGCCCACUCUCGAGAUCAUAGAAGGCCCAGUACCCUCCCGAAAGCGCCAGUCUCUUGAUGCCCCCCAGGGAGCGCAACAAUCAGCCUCUAAGCGUCUCAAGGAAAGUAAUUGUGUCAACAAAGAAAACAUAUUCAUUACCGGCCCUUUGUCUUCAAAGGGGAAAUCUCGCGCUAUUCCUCGACAAUGGACGCCCGAAAUUCUUAGUAGUGACGUUGAGGCAUUGAACCCGAAGCCUACGGCAAUCGUACCAUCUCGUCCUGAUCUGUUUUCCGUGCAUCCGGCCUCUUCUGAGACAGCACAAUCUGAUCCAGGCACUCAGCUCGUGAAGAAUUGGGACCUAGAUUCUGUUUGUUGUCUCUCAUUUCAGAUACUCGUGGCUCUGAUGUUUGUUUUGUAGCGAUCGCGAGGGUUUUUGGAAUUGAUCCUUCGCCGAAACCGCCAAGUUCGCGAUUAUUUUCUGAAAUUAAUAUCAGAACACGGAAACAACCCGCUGGAUAUAUUCGAAGUCUCAUUCUUACUGGCUCAUGUUGAAGGUCGCAUCGAAGCUACACAAGAACGGCUCGCUCGCCUCGACACCAUUAGCGAACCGGCACCAGCGCCCUCAACUUCUACUCUCGCGUCGUCUGCGCCUACUGAUUUUGGGGGUGUGCUCGAGCCAGAAGAUGUCGACGGCCCGCUUGAGCCAGAGGAUAUCGACAGCCCGAUU